UCGUCGUCUUCGUCGCGUUCGGUUGCGAGCUUUCGUGUGGAGUUUAUUUUUGUGUUUUUAGAAGUUCAACGAAUUUCUGAUUUUUCGAAGUGCUUGCACACGUACAUAAACAAAAAAACGUUACCAAAUAUUUUUUUUAAAGUGCUUGGAGUUUCUAUCGUACAGCUGUUGGAACCGUAAACUUCAAUUGAAAGCGUAUAAGCUGCGUCGAGCAUCAGUUAAAAAGCGUGCUCCGAACGGGGUGCAGCAGGACGCGCAACGCCGGGCAGCAGGACAAACAGAGGUUUGGCACAAAUGCGUCUAAUCAACAAAAUCGAAUGUUUGCCGCAACCGCUGAGCGUGAUACGGGUUAACUAGAGUGCAGACAGAGAAAGAGACAGAGAGGGAACCCAUAAUUGGCCCCAGCUGGUGGACAUUCAAUAGCGGGAGCAAUACUUAAAGUCCAAAGCAGUCGCAACCAAGGCCGUCAAAUUGGAAGGAAAACGCCUUUUCACGGCAGUUAACAAGUUUUUAACUGGUUCAACCAUUGCCCGUGAGCUGAGGCAGCUAAUGACGAGAAACGCGCCGCUUAGUGGCGAUGAACCCGACGAGGAGCAGUUGGCGGCGGGCACAGAUGACGAGCAGGAGCAGCAGGAGCAGCAGCCGGCUGUUGGCCCAGAACGGCACAAAAACGAGCUGCAGGGACAGCAGGCAGCGGCAAAGCCGCCGCAUCGUCGCCAAAGACAACGCAAGAAAGUGAUAACCCAACAGAAACAACAACAACAGCAGCAAGAACAACAACCACGUGGCGCCAGCAAUGCCGCUUCCGAUGCGGAUACGGACUCCAGCUCGUGCGAGGCGGCCAGCGGCGGCACGACUUCGGCCGCAACGCGGCACAGCACUCGAGUCAGCUAUGCGCAGCGGAAUCUCGGCGAGCAUGUGGUCUACGAGCAGUAUAACGACGAUGAUGCAGAUGACUACGACGACGAGGAGGAGGAUGGGGAGGAGUACGAUGACUACGAGCAGCUGGCCACGCAGCGUGCACCCUUGAAAGCAGCGCUGAGCGUGCGAACAGCUGCACCAGCUGGCAAAGCCGUAGUAGAUAUGGGCACUGAGACUGGAAUAUUGCGGAGCAAGCGCAAAGCGAAAACACGCCAAUUCUCGCAGCGGGCCAGCUCCUAUGCGGUAGAUGCCGGCCAUGGCGAGGCGGAUGCGGAUGCGCUGGACAAGCGUCGGUGCAUCUCGAAAGGACAAAUGCGUGAGUUCCGUGAGGCAUUCCGUCUGUUCGACAAGGAUGGCGACGGCUGCAUAACUAAGGAGGAGCUGGGCACAGUUAUGCGCUCGCUGGGACAAUUUGCGCGUGUCGAGGAGCUGCAGGAGAUGCUGCAGGAGAUUGAUGUGGAUGGUGACGGCAAUGUCAGCUUCGAGGAGUUCGUCGACAUACUCUCCAACAUGACCUACGAGGACAAGUCGGGCCUAUCCUCGGCCGACCAGGAGGAGCGCGAACUGCGCGACGCCUUUCGUGUCUUUGACAAGCACAAUCGUGGCUACAUAACCGCCUCCGAUUUACGUGCUGUGCUGCAGUGCCUGGGCGAGGAUCUCGACGAGGAGGAUAUUGAGGACAUGAUCAAGGAGGUGGAUGUGGAUGGGGAUGGACGCAUUGAUUUUUAUGAGUUUGUACACGCACUGGGCGAGCCGGAGGACUCGCAGGAGAACGAUGACGAGGAGGAGAACACCACAUCGCCGCUGCCCACGCCAAAGUCGACGGUCUCGCUGAGCUACGAUUGAGCUCCACAGCCAUAUUCAUACCGAUAACAAUUGGGGAGAACAACUUUUCAGAUAUCAAAUGCCAUUUGCUCCUUACGCACAGCUAAACGAAUUCCAAUAAUACACAAGUAAUUUCAAUAAUAAUUAAUAGAAAACACUCAAAAAAAAAAUACUUUACUUUAUGUGCAUUGGGCCACAGCAUUAAUAAUAUAAAUAUUAUACAGAUGCCAAGCCAGCUCACAUAAAUUUAAUUAUAGUAAUUACAAAGCGAUAAAUAAAUUAAUUAAAGUUCUCCUCUCUCUAUCUCGCUCUUUUAAAAUUGAACAUUGAAUCAAAAGUAUUUAUAAAUCGAGACAAACCGAACACGUAUCCAACCGUAAAAACUUAACCAAUAUGAUAUCUUAACUUGACUCUUUUACUAACUAAAUUAUCAUAUUGAAAAUGUUGUUUGGAUCAUACGAAAUCGGAAGAACAUACAUAAACAUAUCAAAGUCGCCUCUGAUUAAGUAUUUUCACUGUAGCUACAGAAACAACAUCAACAGCCAUUCAGUCAAUCACCACCAAUCAUUCAAUCACCCACCAAAACAAAAAACGUAACCACAUCGAAAACUUGAAAAAAAAAAAAGUAACGAAUAAUAAAAAUAACAAAAUUGUUGCCCAGUUUUGCGGCGCUUUUACAGAUAUUCAAAAUA